AUCUUCAGUAUGGCGUUUGUGGAUAAAAUCAGUGCUCUUCUCUUGUCCUGCGUGUGGAGAUCUUGGCGUUUCAUUUAUGUGUGAGAAUUUGGAUAUAUUUGGAUUCUGCCUGUUUAAGGAGGUUUCUCUGAGAUAUCCGAACAAACAAAAGAAGAGUUGUUAAAUUGACAAACUGUGAUUGAAGGAAUGGGCAGUUAAAAACACUUCAAAGAUAAUCAAAACUGAAAAUGGAGUUUGUUAAAGAGGAGUUUAAAGAGGAGAGUGAAGAUGUCAGUAUUUCAGAACCAUUCAGACUGAAGAAUGAAGAUACUGAGGAACAAAGAGAUCUGAUGAAGCUGAAAGAGGAAACUCAAGAAAUGAUUGAAGGAGAGGAGAAACAUCAAUAUCACAAACCUGAUAAUUUUGUUAGUGCAGAAAAGCCUGACAGUUGCUCACAGACUGAAAAUAAAUUCUCAACAAGAAAAACUCGAAGAACAAAAACCGAAAACCAUUUUUUCACCUGCCCUCAGUGUGGAAAGAGUUUCACACAUAAAGGAAGCUUUAAUAUCCACAUAAGAAUUCACUCUGGAGAAAAGCCUUUCAGAUGUCAACAGUGUGGCAAGAGUUUCGCACAAAAAGGAAACCUUGAGUUACACACAAGAAUUCACACAGGAGAGAAGCCUUUUACAUGCAUCCAAUGUGGCAAGAGUUUCACACAAAAAGGAAGCCUUAAUGCCCACAAAAGAAUUCACUCUGGAGAGAAACCUUUUACAUGUCAUCAGUGUGAUAAAAGUUUUGCACAUAUAGGAAGUCUAAAUGAUCACAUGAGAAUUCACACCGGAGAGACCCCAUACACAUGCCUUCAAUGUGGAAAGAGUUUCACACAAAAAGGAAACCUUAAUUUCCAUAUAAAAAUUCACUCCGAAGAGAAGCCUUUUACAUGCCUCCAGUGUGGAAAGAAAUUCAGACAUAAAACAAGCCUCAAAGUUCACAUGAGAAUUCACACUGGUGAGGCGCUUUUCACAUGCCUCCAGUGUGGAAAGAGUUUCAAACAUGAAACAAGCCUCAAAAUUCACAUGAGAAUUCACACUGGAGAAAAGCCUUUCACAUGCCUUCAGUGUGGAAAGAGUUUCAAACAGAAAACAAGCCUCAAAAUUCACAUAAGAAUUCACACUGGUGAGGCUCUUUUUAAAUGCCUUCAGUGUGAAAAGAGUUUCAAACAUAAAACAAGCCUCACAAUUCACAUGAGAAUUCACACGGGAGAAAAGCCUUUCAUAUGCCUUCAGUGUGGGAAGAGUUUCACAAGUAAAUCAAACCUGAGAGCUCAUAUGAAAUGUCAUUCAGGAGAGAAAUUACAUCACUGUUCUCAAUGUGGCAAGAAAUUUUCAGAGUUGGCCUAUUUUAAACAACACCAGAGAAUACAUGCUGGUGUGAAAGCUCAUGUGUGCUCAGAGUGUGGUAAAGCCUUUGUCCGAAUUAGCACCUUGAAACAGCACCAAAGAGUUCAUACAGGAGAAAAACCUUACAAGUGUUCACAUUGUGAAAGUACUUUUGCUUGUCCAAAACAUCUAACACCACAUGAGAAAGUGCACACUGGAGAGAAGACAUAUGACUGCUCUAAAUGUGGAAAGACUUUCAGCUCAUCAAGUACUCUACAGAGACAUUUAAAGAAGAAUUGCCCAAAUUUGUCACAGUGAGCAAACUUUAUCUUGAGAAUCUUUUCUUGCAUUUCAAACGGGAUAAAUCUGCCUCCGAAGGGGACUUCAAAGGGACAGCAAUCAUGACCGCCAUGUUGAAGGGUUGUUCCAAAUUGAGUGCCUUAAAAAUGAACGUUUCCAUAGGAUUCAACCGAUGGACACUGCUGCCAAGCAGACUGGAACCGGACCAUACAUCAUAAUCUGCCGGUGUGCCAAGUGUAAUGUAAAUUAAACCAGCUGCAAACACACUCUGGUUCUGUAUACCAAUACAUGUGACACAAACAAGCUUUUAUACCACGGGUCUGUUAAAUUCUUGAUUCUGAUUGGUUGACAGACAUUCUAAGGUGUGCAAUUAUUUUCCAGUAAAUGCACGGCUAUGAAGUAGCUCCAUGUCUUGACCGCAUAACAGUUCCAUAUCACUUUACCAAAUUAUUUCAGUUAUUUCAAAGAGCCAUACAGGUUACCACAGCAAAAUAAUCAAUUAAAACAAAGACAUUAGUUAUGUACAUUGGACAAGAACAACAAUGUCUAUAAUAUCCUAAAUGUAAAUUUCAGUUGAAAAGCACCCUUGCACUCCCUCUCUCUUUCGCUCUCACCCACACCAACACGGAGACACAUACAUUCGCGCCUGUGCACACAGACACACACACACACAUAGAGACAUGAGUCACUACCAACAAACAGGGCCGCACCCUGCGUCUUGAUCAAUACAAUAGUUUCUAUAUUAUCCAAAAUAUCAUUUUAUAUCUGUUGAAAGCACCCUCGCACUCCCCCUCUCUUUCUCUCACACACGGACAAAAGCUAUAUACAAGAAUGGGGAAACGACCACGCUGCUGCAGAGAAGUGCUCUUAAACUUGCAUCUUUUGCCGAUCUGAAGCGAUGUUACUUCACGUGCACACACACACACACACACCCAAACGCUCUACCUUGUCACUUCAGUAAGUGCUCCAGUAAAGCAACGCAAGCAUCACAAUCCGCCAUUGGUAGUUCGCCAUUACUAGCAAAGAAUGCUCUGGCUGUAUCAAAACAAAUUCUGAAUCCUUGGCAGAUGAAAGUAGUUCCACUCACAAGAGUAUUUUAGGGACAAAAACUAGAAAAUGUCUUGAGAUGAACUCCUGAAUGAUGUCUUAAGGUGUGGUAACCGUGGUAUAAGCAGAAUAAUUGACUCUGGCCCCUUGAAUUAUUGAAAAAUAAUGCACACCUGAGGUGUCCGCUGCGCAUUGUGACCGCAUUACCACCUCAGCAGUCAUAUCACCCUGGAGCUUUAGACUGGUUACCAAUUGAAGCUAAGCAGGGUUGAGCUUGGACAGUACCUGGAUGGGAGACCUUCUGGGGAAAACUAAGGUUGCUGCUGGAAGAGGUGUUAGUGAGGCCAGCAGGGGUGCUCACCCUGCGGUCUGUGUGUGUCCUAACACCCCAGAAUAGUGAUGGGGACACUAUAAUGUAAAAAAGGCACUGUCUUUCGGGUGAGAUUAAACCAAGGUCCUGACUCUCUGUGGUCACUGAAAAUCCCUGAGCACUUCUUGCAAAGAGUAGGGGUGUAACCCUGGUGUCUUGGCCAAAUUCCCCCCAUUGGCCCUUAUCAGUCAUGGCCUCCUAAUUAUCCCCAUCCCUGAAUUGGCUAUAUAACUGCACUCUCUCCUCUCCACCAACAGCAGGUGUGUGUGGUGAGCGUACUGGUGCACUAUGGCUGCUGUCGCAUCAUCCAGGUGGAUGCUGCACAUUGGUGGUGGGUGAGUAGAGUCCCCUGUUCAGUUUGAAAAGUGCUUUAUAAAUAUAACAUUCAUUCAUUCAAUAAUUCAAUGGUUUGCUGUCAAUUAUUCCUUACUCAACUAUUGUAAUGAAUGUUUAAAAUAAGGAAUAAUUGAUGAUGGACUGUUAAAUUAUUGAAAACUAACGCUCACCCCGAGGUGGUAAUGCAGCCACAACGAGAGACGGAAUUACUUUUCAAUAAUUCAAAGGGCUAAAGUCAAUUAUUCUGCUUAUACCACGGUUACCAGAACUUAAGACAUCGUUCAGGGUUUUAUCUCAAGACAUUUUCUGGUUUUCGUCCCUAAAAUGCACUUGUGAGUGGAACUACUUCAUUCCGCACUCCAAGCUUUUUGUUGCUUCUUUUUUAAUUCACAUGGGGGAACAAAAAAACAGUUGAAGAGCUUACAUGUCAGUUGUAGAAGACGAGUGAGCGCAGUGUUAAAUAAACUACUUUCUUCCACCACAGAUUCAGUGUCUUGCUUUGGUACAGCCCAAGCCUUCGUUGCUAGUUCGAAAACAUCACUUUAGAGUUAGUAAUGGAGGCGUACACUGCUUUCAAGUACUUACCUACAGUAACUAAGUAGAGCGUGUGUGUGUAUGUAUGUGUGUCAGUGUGUGAGUGUGGGUGAAAGCGAGAGGGAGGGAGCGCAAGGGCGCUUUUUAACAGAAAAUGAAAUAAAUGUAGGAUAUUAUAGACAUUGUCAUUCUUAUCCGAUGUACUUAGCCAGUAUCUUUGCUUUAAUUGGUUAUUUUGCUGCGGUAGCCUGUACUGCUCUGAAAUAAUUUAAAUAAUUUGGCGAAGUGAUAUGGAACCGUUAUGCAGUCAAAACCUGGAACUACUUCACAGCUGUGCGAUUACUGAAAAAUAAUUGCACACUUUAGAAUGUCUGUAAACCAAUCGGAAUCAAGCAUUCAGCAGACUCCUGGUAUAAAUCUUAGUUAAGCCCCUGGCUAUUUGAUGAAGCUUAAAUUUCUUCAUAAGGCAUAAAAGUCUUAAAGCAAUUAUUUUUAUUAAUUAUUAUUUGCACACUGAAAGUAGUUAAUAGUGAGGCAAAGUCAUGUGUAAAUAUUUCUGGUAUUAAUCUAUGGUUUUUAAAUGUUAAACAAGCACAUGUGAAUAAGUAAUUUUUCCCCUUAUUUUUGUCAUACCAAUAUGUCAAAACUAAUAGUUGUCUAUGAGGCCCCAAAUUCUUGCAGGUGGUAUAGCUGCCCAUUCGUCUUGGCAAAAUGCCUCCAGGUCAUGCAAAGUCUUUGGUCGUCUUGCAUGAACCACACGUUUGAGAUCUCCCCAGAGUGGCUCGAUGAUAUUAAGGUCAGGAGACUGUGAUGGCCACUCCAGAACCUUCACCUUUUUCUGCUGUAACCACUGGAGGGUCAACUUGGCCUUGUGCUUAGGGUCAUUGUCAUGCUGGAAAGUCCAAGAGUGUCCCAUGCGCAGCUUUCGUACAGAAGAAUACAAAUUGUCUGCCAGUAUUUUCUGAUAACAUGCUGCAUUCAUCUUGCCAUCAAUUUUCACAAGAUUCCCCGUACCUUUAGAGCUCACACACCCCCAAAACAUCAGUGAGCCACCACCAUGCUUCACAGUAGGGAUGGUAUUCUUUUCACUAUAGGCCCUGUUGACCCCUCUCCAAACAUAGCGCUUAUGGUUGUGACCAUAAAGCUCUAUUUUGGUCUUGUCACUACAAAUUACAGCCUGGAAAAGUUUUAGAAAUUUAAUUAUAGAAGCAUGAUACCAUUGUCAUCAGAUUUCAUUUCUGAUUAGAAAUAAGUUUCCCCAUAGCAGUAUAUUGAAGCUGUUCUUGCAUUCAUAGAAAACAGCUGCCUGGAGGUGUAACAAAAAUUGUGGUCCGAGUGACCUGACUUGCCUUAAAGGGAAUUUGCUGAUGUCUGAUUUAAUUGCAGAAAUCACUCAGGCUUGGUCGUGUGGAAGUUAUGAUUGAAUAAAAAACAUAAAUGUAUUUUAUUUUCUUAAAAGGUGUAGUUUACUAUUGCUAAAUGAUUGUAUAUUAAGCUGACUGAACUUUAUUAAAUUAUCAGAAAUAAAAAAGAUCUAAAUCUU